AUGACAGAAUUACCGGAAAAAGAAAAUGAUGCACUUGCGGCUUUACAAUCUUUAAUUUACGAGGGUCCACCUGAAGAAGUUGCCGAGAAUUUUAAAAAUCAGGGGAAUGAAUGUUUUAAAACUGGAAAAUCACAAUAUCAAGAUGCAAUAAAUUUUUACAUGAAAGCAUUAGAAACAAAUUGUCAAGACAAUAGAAUCAUUGAAGCAUGUUUAACAAAUCGUGCAGCUAUUAAUUUAGAAUUACAACCAAAUAACUUAGCUUUACAACAAUUAAGAGAGACUUGUAUUAAACAAAAAGAGAUAUUGGAUCAAAAGGCUAAAAUUAAAGAAGAGCAACUUAAGGAAUCAGGUUUUAAUGAAGGGAAUACAUUUUUAGAUCAUCUUGAAAUGAUUUUUGAACAACCAGCACCUUGGGACAUUGAACAUAAUAUACACCAAAUAAUAUACAAAUUUACUACGAAUAUAAGUUAUCAACAAGAAAUGAAGAGAAACAAAAGUUAA